UGAAGAUCUCUAUCUAAAAUCACUAAGUAGAAUUCUCUUCGCCUCGUGAGCGGUCGUCAUUGCGAAAGCGGUCAAGAAACGGCCGCUCGCCAUGGCGGGUCCGUACUUGUCGCCCCUCGGACCGCAGGCUGAUCUGCUUACCGAGUACAUGUUCGGCCGUCGUCGUCAGAGACGCAAUCGGACUACAUUUACGCCGCAACAACUUCAGGAAUUGGAAUCUCUCUUCCAGAAGACACAUUAUCCUGACGUUUUUCUCAGAGAAGAAGUCGCACUUCGGAUAUCACUCUCGGAAGCACGUGUUCAGGUGUGGUUUCAAAAUAGACGGGCAAAAUGGAGAAAGCAAGCUCGAUUGCAGUUGCUGCAGGACGCGUGGAGAAUGCGAUGUUUGGGUUUAGGAAGCGCUACGCCAUUGUUGCUCAGUCGACCACCCCCUGAAAGAACCACCGACGCAUCCUCCUCUUCGCCGUCAUCCUCAUCGGCUUUCACAGAUUCAUCAACCGCGAGUGACAAAUUGCCUGAGACCAGCGGUUCCGUGUCGGUUUGCAGAAAUUUCAGAAUUUUACCUCCACCGCCACCCGGAUAUUCGGUACCAUGCAACAAAUCACCCAGCAGGAUAAAAUGUCAAUGCGAAACGCCGCCAAGGAUUUGUGCAAGUCCUGUGGAUUGUUCUGGCGAUGUUUUGGUGAUGAGAGAACGACCGCAGGAGGCUGAGAUUGAUCUUACCCUUAAAGGUCAUCAUCACUCAUCUGUCAAGCAUUCGCAGGUCACCACGCUGUUCCAUCUACCAAGCAAUCCCCAGCAGGACAUUGUACAGAACAUGGACGAGCCUUUGGAUGUCAGUCUGAAUAGCGGCAAGAACAACUAAGAAGCUCGUUGAUUUUAAGACAAAUUAAAUGGUGAAGAUAUUCUGCAAUCGGCCACUUUUGACUCUUUUACUUACUUUCGACUCUUAAAUAUGUGGCAUAUUAUUCCGUUGUAAGCAUUUUAAAAAUUUUUUAAACUAAAAG